UAGUCAGCGACUACACUUCCUCAUACCUGGCCAUAGCGGUAUGAGGAGCCUAGUAUAGUAUUUUGCACCUUGAAGUCGAGAGAGAGAGAGAGAGAGAGAGAGGGGGUCCUUCUGGAUGGCGAUGACCGCCAGAAGAAGUUGGUUCACAAUGGGGCCCAAGAGAAAAAGCUCUGAUACAGAUGAGCAGAUCAUCAAACAAGGAUGUCUCAUCAAGUCUCCACCUGGCUACAUUUUCGGCAAUAAGACUUCAUGGAAAGGACGAUUAUUGAAGCUCUGUAAAACAGGCCUGGGCACCUAUAACCUGGACUACUAUGAGUACGAUGGCGUGUCCGAGAAAUGGAGGGGAAACAUUCCACUGAGCGAUGUAAAAUCCAUAGAGCUGGGAACGAGCACAAUGGAGAAAAUCCCCACGAUCACUCGUCUCUUCAACAUGGACCCUCACAACAUCCUGUGUAUAAAGACCGACAAACGAGACUACUUUCUGGUGGACGAAAGCGAAGAAAACAUUGCAGAGUGGAAGGAUUGUUUGACAGACGCCUUGGGGAAGGUUCAUCAAAAAUUUAAGAUUGAAGGACCGACCAGUCCAUCUGCAAACCUGCUGAAAGUCCAAGAGGAUCAGGACAAAGCAACAAGACCCAAAUCCUAUCCUGAGAAUUAUCCGCGCACUGAAGCAGCGCCGGAGGAGGCACUGAACAGGCAGAGAUCCCAUACAGACCCAGUAAGCGGGAAAGGAAACGUUUUAACCCUCUCUGUUCACACAGAUCUAUAUGCGGACAUAUUCUCCAUGCGGCCACAUAGCAAUACGAUGCCGACUUUUUGCCGAAUUCCAUCAGUCAAAACCAAUCAACACGAACAAGUGAGAAGACAUUCAUCUGGAGCUUUACCAGAGGGCAAAACCGAAGGCUACAGAAUAAGUGAUGAUCCAGCGUAUGAAAGUGAACCUGAGUCUAUUUAUGAUUACCCCCGAUCUGUACUUCUGAAAAUGUCUGAAUCUCAAGACUCAGCUGUGGAACAGGAGGAGAUCAGCGACAUGGAUUCCGAUGAAGAAGUGUACCAGAAAAUGGAUUCCCUAGUCUUGGACAAGGUCACUGAGUUGCCGCCUAAGCCACCGCGGGGAUCCCCUCUUACACCAUUAAGCAGGUACUCCAAGGGAAGCCAGCUGAAGAAAGCUCAGAUUCUGAGACUGAGGUAUGAACAACAAAGUGAAUCGGAUUUUGAAUCAAUAAAGUUUUCGGUGCCCACAGAAAACCUGCAGAAAUACCUGGGGCUUCAGGAGGCCGGAGAACAGCUGUGGGUGUCGAAGUGGAAGGGCCCGGUAGAGAUCGGCUGCUUGUUUCAUCAUGGCGAUCAUAUUGAGUCCAUGAACGGAUUCCGUACGGGAAGCGUAGAAUUCUUCCACCAGUUGCUGAGUAAUUCCGCUUCAGAGAAGGUGAAUCUGGUGGUGACGCGGAACAAGAAAGCUCCUGUUUUCCACCUUGACGGUUGCAGUUGUGAGAGACUAUGAUGAUAGCGCCUCCUGCAGGAAAACAGGAAUUGGUUUGGUCCAUGUCACUGUGGGCAAGACGCUGAAAUAGAUGGAAAAAGAACGCACUGAAUUACAGCGAAACGCUGAACCGUGUUCCCUAUGUACGGCAUAUAGAUUAUCUAUAAUGAAGCCGCGUCCGUUCCUACCGCGGCAGUAUGUAAGGUCUAUUGUAUGGCCAAAAAAUCAUUGUAUCUACCUGUGAUCACGUGAGCACAGAUACAGGGCGUCUGCGUCCAGAACGAGUACAUACCUGUGUAUGUUAUAUAAAUAGAAGUUAUACUGCAUAGGUGUCCCACCAGCGGC